AUGGCUCAACAAUCUGUUCUUAUGCUGGGCGCUGGGUUCGUUACCCGCCCCACGCUCGAUGUCCUCACUGAUGCUGGCGUUCACGUCACGGUUGCCUGCCGUACUCUCGAGUCGGCCAAGAAGCUCGUCGAGGGAGUCAAGAACGCCACGCCCAUCACGCUCGACGUGACGGACGAAAAGGCUCUGGACGCCGAGGUGGCCAAGCACGACGUCAUCAUCAGCCUGAUCCCGUACACCUUCCACGCGACCGUCAUCAAGUCUGCGAUUCGCAACAAGAAGAACGUGGUGACGACGAGCUACGUGUCGCCGGCCAUGAUGGAGCUGGACCAGCAGUGCAAGGACGCGGGCAUCACGGUCAUGAACGAGAUCGGCGUGGACCCGGGCGUGGACCACCUGGGUGCCGUGAGCGUCAUCGACGCGGUGCACAAGGCGGGCGGCAAGAUCAAGAGCUUCCACUCGUUCUGUGGUGGGCUGUGCGCGCCCGAGUGCUCGGACAACCCGCUGGGCUACAAGUUCUCGUGGUCGCCGCGCGGCGUGCUGCUGGCCCUGCGCAACACGGCCAAGAUCUACCAGGACGGCAAGGUGGUGGAGAUCUCGUCCAAGGACCUGAUGGCCGCGGCCAAGCCGUACUUCAUCUACCCCGGCUUCGCCUUCGUCGGGUACCCCAACCGUGACUCGACGCCGUACCGGGAACGCUACAACAUCCCCGAGGCCGACACCAUCGUCCGCGGCACCCUGCGCUACCAGGGCUUCCCGCAGUUCAUCCGCGUCCUUGUCGAGAUCGGCUUCCUCGAGGACACCCCGGACGCCCUGCUCGACACCCCCGUCGCCUGGAAGGAGGCCACCAGGGCCAUCAUCGGCGCCCCCUCGUCCAGCGCCGCCGACCUCGAGGCCACCGUCUCCGCCAAGGCCACUUUCGACUCCCCCGAGGACAAGCAGCGCAUCCUCUCCGGUCUCCGCUGGUUCGGCCUCUUCUCCGACGAGAAGAUCACGCCUCGCGGCAACCCCCUCGACACCCUCUGCGCCACCCUCGAGCAGAAGAUGCAGUUCGAGGAGGGCGAGCGCGAUCUCAUCAUGCUCCAGCACAAGUUCGGCAUCGAGCACGCCGACGGCACCAAGGAGACCCGCACCUCGACCCUCGUCGAGUACGGCGACCCCAAGGGCUACUCCGCCAUGGCCAAGCUCGUCGGCAUCCCCUGUGCCGUCGCCGUCCAGCAGGUCCUCAACGGCACCCUGUCCAAGAAGGGCGUCCUGGCCCCCAUGACCACCGACAUCUGCGACCCCCUCAUCAAGGAGCUCAAGGAGAAGUACGGCAUCUUUAUGGUCGAGAAGACUGUCUCGUAA